GCAGCCAGCGCCGGGCAGGCGGGCCCGGGGGCAUCGCCCCAUCUCGGCCGGCACCCUGAGCUAUGUGCCAUUAACCAGCUGCCCCAGGAGUGCCUGCAUUCAGUGACUGGCUGAAGAAAUCCUUGUCCAUAGUGUGCAGCAAUGUUUCUAAGAUAUUUUUAGAUUGAAGGUGCCAAUGCAAUGUCUUCAAAUGACGGCGGUUCCUCUUCUAAACACAGUGUCAGCCUGAGAGAGAGUUGAGCAGAGGCCAGUGUUCAUAGACCAUGGGUCUCACUCAGAGAAGAGAGCCUGAGAAUUCUGCUGAGGACCCUCUUAAUAACAAUGGGGAUCAAGAGAGGGCAGGACAACCAGGUGGCCGGCGUUGGGCCAAGCCCUGGGAACGCUGCACACGUAAAUUCCUCUUUAUACUCUUGAUCAUUGCUGUCGCCGUCAUUGUGGCUUUGUCAGGGGUAGCACUGAAACUUGGUUUUGAUCCUCUGCGCUCCCCUGCUGUCCCUUGGUGCCCUGACGGCUGGGUCGGGUACCUAGGGAAAUGUUACUAUUUCUCAGAGGCUGAAGGAAACUGGACCUUCAGCCAGAAUAACUGCUCCUCCUUCGGCGCCUCCCUGGCUGGGAUUGACACCCUGCCUGAAAAGGCAUUCAUGCUGCGCUAUAAAGGCCUUUCCGAGCACUGGAUCGGCCUGCGGAGGGAAGAGGGUGAGCCCUGGAGAUGGGUGAAUGGUGCAGAAUUCAACAACCUGUUUGAAAUCCGAGCUGACGGCAACUGUGCCUAUCUGAACGACAAGGCUGUUGGCUCCUCGUGGUGCCACACGCUGCGCAACUGGAUCUGCACCCAACACGACGCGUACACGAAGGGCUAGGGAAAAACCGCCGCCGCGGCGCGUGGUGCUUGACAUGCGUGGGACUGGUCAGGCCAGGCUUGUCGGACUUCCAAUCUGCUUUUGCUGCUGCGCUAUCUGCAUAUAUUCAGUGAUGAGCUGUCAAAAUACUAACAACCGGUUCCCUCCUCCUCACCCCAUGAGGGGGUCAUGCCCCCCCCGGGGACUCCUGCCCCAUCCAACCCCCCCAUGUUCCUUGACAGCCCCC